AUGCAGCAACGGUUAGAGGAAGAAGAAGCUCUGUUGGGGAUCAAUGGGGAACCCGAAAAACCAAGAGCAAUCACAGAUCAUGUAAGCGUCGACGCCAUUGUUGCCAUCUCUCUACGUCUCUCUAAUCACUCGCUCGCGCUCGUAGUGAGUCAACAAGAUAAGGAGAUGAUGAUUUUUGAGCGCUUCUCUAGGAAUCAGACUUCUCUUUCCCUGCCAUGUUGCUCGGAAUCUCGUGGUGAAAUUGCUUCCUUGUCCUGA